AUGGCUCAGAGAGGAGAUCAACUGGGGAAAAUCUCCUGUUCAAUCUGUUUGGAUCUACUGAAGGAUCCGGUCACCAUUCCCUGCGGGCACAGCUUUUGCAUGAAGUGUAUAAAUGUCUGCUGGGAUGGAGAAGAGAAGAAGAGAAUCUACAGCUGCCCCGUCUGCAGGAAAGAGUUCAUGUCCAGGCCUGUCCUGGAGAAAAACGUAACACUUUCUGCGUUAGUAGAAGACAUGAAGAAGGCUGGAUUCCAAGCAGAUCCUGCUGAUCCCUGCUAUGCUGGACCUGAAGACGUGGCCUGCGAUGUCUGCACUGGGAGGAAGCGGAAAGCUCUCAAAUCCUGUCUGGUCUGUUUAGUUAGUUAUUGUGAGAAACAUCUUCAGCCUCAUUAUGAGUUUCCUGUUUUUGAAAAACACAAGCUGGUGGAGCCUUCCAAGAAGCUGAGGGAGAACAUCUGCUCCCGUCACAACGAGGUGAUGAAGAUCUACUGCCGUACUGAUCGGCAGUGCAUCUGUUAUCUCUGCAGUCUGGAUGAACAUCAAGGCCACGACACAGUCUCAGCUGCAGCAGAAAGGACUGAGAGGCAGGAGGAGCUGCAAGUAAAGCGACAGCAAAUCCAGCAGAAAAUCCAGGACCAGGAGAAAGAUCUGAAGCUGCUUCAACAGGAGGUGGAGGCCAUCAACCACUCUGCUGAUAAAACAAGGGAGGACAGUGAGGAGAUCUUCACUGAGCUUAUCCGAAGCUCUGAUGUGAAGCAGUGGAUCAGAUCGGAGCAGGAAGCUGAAGUGAGUCGAGUCAAAGAGCUUCAGGAGAAGCUGGAGCAGGAGAUCAGUGCGCUGAAGAAGAAAGACGCUGAGCUGCAGCAGCUCUCAAACAUGGAGGAUCUCAACCAGUUUCUCUACAACUACCCCCCACUGCCAGACCUCACCGAGUCUGAAGACUCAUCCAGCAUCAACAUCCGUCCUCCUUAUUUCACAUAUGUGAGAUCGGCUGUGUCAGAGCUCAGAGACGUGCUACAGGACAUACUGAAAUAUUCCUGGACAAACGUCUCACCGACGGUCUCUGAGGUGCAUGUGUUAGAGUCAGAAAAAGAGCCGGAACUGAAGAGCAGAGCUGGAUUCCUAAAUCAUUUCCAGCAGAUAACACUGGAUCCAAACACAGCAAACAGAAAUCUGCUGGUAUCCGAGGGGAACAGAAAAGUGACAUUAAUGAAACAACAACUGUUUUAUCCGGAUCAUCCAGAGAGAUUCAAGAAUUACAAGCAGGUCCUGAGUAGACAGAGUCUGACUGGACGUUGUUACUGGGAGGUGGAGAGGAGUGAGAGAGGAGCAGUUCAUGUCGCCGUUUCAUACAAGGACCCAAGGAAAGCAAGAGGGUUUGGGUUCAAUAACAGAUCCUGGUCAUUGCUGUGUCACACCAAAAGUUACAUGUUUUAUCACAACAACAUUCACACUCCGGUAUCGGGUCCAAUCUCCUCCAGGAUAGGAGUGUACCUGGAUCACAUAGCAGGUGUUUUGUCCUUCUACAGCAUCUCUGAAACCAUGACCACGUUCACUCAGCCUCUACACGCCGGGAUAUGGAUCCUAAACUAUGGAUCCUCUGCUGAGUUCAUUCAGCUAAAAUAGUCAGAACUGCUACUUUCCUUGAUGGGUCCUCAGCUGGUCCUAUACAAUUCAUUUUUAAACAUCAAUCUUUGUACUAAAAUAGUCUUUCUUUCAUGAUUUGUGGACAUUAGGAUCUAAAGA